AUGAGCCUCAAGCAAGCAGAGUGCAUCUCAAUCACCACAGAUGGGUGGACUUCACGAGCUACUCAGAGCUAUGUUACCAUCACAGCACAUGCUAUUACAAGUGAAUGGGAGAUAAAAACUUUUGUCCUACAGACACGGGUACUCUUUGAGUCACACACUGGACACAACAUAGGCGAGGUGUUAAAAUCUGCUGUUUCAGAGUGGGAGCUUGACAUGAUUUACAACAAUCACAAGGGCAUCGCUGUGGUUACUGACAACGCAAGAAACAUGGGUGUAGCGGUGAAAGAGGCUGGUCUGUCCCCACAUCUAAAGUGUUUUGCUCACACCUUAAACCUUGCGUCCCAGGCAGGUUUUAAGGUAAACCAUGUCAGUCAUCUGCUUGGCAGAGUGAGGCGUGUAGCAGCGUUUUUUCACAGCAGUUCAACUGCAACAGCUGUGCUGACCUCCAAGCAGCAAAUGUUAAACCUGUCAGUACAUAAACUGAUAAUGGAUGUAGUAACUAGGUGGAACAGCUCACUUGACAUGAUUAAGCGCUACCUGGAGCAACAACAGGCAAUAGCUGCAGUCCUACUGAUUUCUGAAGUCAGGAGCAAUGCACGUGAAAUAAACACUCUAGACGCAGCUGACAUCGCAGAUGCUGAGGACAUUGUUAAACUUCUCACAUCCUUGAAAAAAUCAACCACUGUGCCGUGCGACAAAUCUCGACCAACAAUCUCUCUUAUCAUGCCUCUCAAACACAUGAUUCAAGUGAGCAUGGCACCGUGCGAUGUAGACUCAAACACCAUCUCUCAAAUGAAGGCAGCAAUACUGAAUGAUUUGGCAGACCAUUACCAAGGGGAGCAAGCAGAGUUUCUGUAUGAGAACAGUGCGUUGGACCCCCGGUUCCGGGCCCUCCCCCAUCUGAAUAACAGCAAAAGGGAUGAAAUUUUCAACAGGCUCAAGUUAAAAGAAACACAGAUGCAGAACCAGAACCCUAGUGAAGAGGAAGGUGCAGCACCAGGCAGCCAUGAACAUGUAGCUGGACACUCAAAAACUGACCUGCCACAAAAAGCACAUGCUGUGGGAGGUGUCUCUCCUCCAUCCAAAAAGACUGCUCUUGAAGAUCUCCUUGGGGAUUCUUUUAGUCAAGGGGAACACAGCACACUGCUCAGAUUGAUGCAGACAUUGACUUGUACCGCAUAGAGACCUCUA